AGGAUAAGACAAACACCCUGAAAGAAGAAUAAGCAUGUUGUCAAAGAAGCCUCAAGGAGUCCUCUGUGACAUAAGUGGAGUUCUAAAGAAUUCUGUCAAUCGAGUGGAUGUUGCUAUAGAAAAGUCUGUUGAGGCAUUUCAAAGGUUGCAGGAGAGUGGAAUACCCUAUGUCUUGUGCACUAAUGAAAGUUGCUACACAACAGAGGCUAUGGCCAAAAAGCUCAACAGAAUUGGAUUUAAUGUAUCUGCCGAUAAAAUAAUAUCUCCAGUUUCUGUCAUAGUUCAGGUGAUAAAAGAAAAUAACAACAGACCUUAUGUGUUAGUAAAUGAGAAAGUAGCAGACGAAUUUGCACAGUUUGAUCAAACUAACCCUGAUAUAGUGGUAGUUGGUGAUGCAGAGGAUGAUUUCACGUAUGAGGCAAUGAAUAGAACAUUCAGAUUACUCGUUGGUGGAGAACGCAAAUUCUAUUGCUUGGGAAAAUCGAAGUAUUACCUGGAUUCGGGGGUACUGAAACUGGAAGUAGGGUGCUUUAUAGCUGGACUGGAGUAUUCAAGUCAAGUUCAGGCUGAGAUAUGCGGCAAACCCAGCUCAGCAUUCUUUAACCUAGCUGCUAAGAUGCUGGGACUGUCACCCAGUGAUGUGGUGAUGAUAGGUGAUGAUAUUGAUAGUGAUGUUGGAGGGGCUAUGAAUGCGGGGUGUCAGGGUAUUCUUGUAAAAACUGGAAAAUACAGGGAAAAAGAUGCGCAUCACCCAACAGUAAAACCUACGUUGAUAGCGGACAAUGUUUAUCAUGCUAUAGAUGUAAUACUAAGCACAAAAUAAAAGCUUAAUUUAUUAGUCCUGGCCACGUGACUACUGAUCAAAUAUCUUUAUCACCAGAUCGCUGGACCAAAAAUAAAAUCUGACAGAGAGGAGUUUGUUGACCUAUUUUCCAUAUUUUCCAGUUUCAUUGGGUAUAUUGUUUUUAUAACGGGAGGGUUUUUAUUGUUACUUGAAAGUACCAUUAACAGACUUGCACAGUAUCGAGGAAUUGACACAAAAUUGUUUCGGUCCGUGAUAGCUAUUCCGACGGAAUAAUUGUCAUUCGUCAAAUGAAAUUUUGCUCGCCUACUCAGUACUCACUUUUAUUCCUGAUUAUAGUAUUUAGAUAAUAUUAUUACAUGUAUACUAGGAAUGUUGUAAAUUCAAUCAAAUCGUUUGUAGAUAAUUUUGAUCGUGUGUAAUUUCACUAGAGGAUUAAUAAGUUGAUUUCAAUAAUUCAAUAAAUUUCUAAAUAUAAAGAAUUAAUGUUCGUGAUUUUGACUAAUUUCUAAUUCGAAACAUAUUGUGUUAUAUCUAUCAGAUUUUUUGA